CCCACAGAGCAACUUUCUGACUGGAAAUCAACAGAUGAAGCAGCUCACGCUCAUCAGACACAGUCCUUCAUCUGUCCUGAGAGAGUUUGACUCUGAGGAUCAUCAUCAUGUCUUCAAACUCGAGCCUCACGACCAUGAAACGGACUGUCGAGCAGCUCAAACUCGAAGCCAGCGUGGAGAGAAUCAAGGUUUCUCAAGCCGCUGCGGAUCUACAGCAGUACUGCCUCCAGAACGCCAGUAAAGACGCGCUGCUGGUCGGCGUCCCGGCCGGGAGCAACCCGUUCAGAGAGCCGCGCUCAUGCGCCCUGCUCUAGAAUAAAGAUACACGUUCACGAGAAAGGAGGCAGAUCAAUGGAACACUGAUCGUUUUUAUUAUGCAACAACAUGACAUGAAACUUCAUGAGAUAUAUUGUGCAAAUCUGAGAAUACUGAUGCCUUACAUUUCAUAUAUUUCUUUUGUAUUUGUCUUUUUUUUUUAGUUGGAUGCCAAAGAAUUAUUUGAAACUGAAGCAUUGAUUCAUAUGAGUGAUUUGGAUUUAUCUUUUUAUUCAUGUAUAAGAAGAAAUUAUUUAAUUUUUUUAUUUUUUUUGUCAGAUUAAGUGUGAUUUGUCUAGCUAAUGAAAAAAAAGUUUACUAGUAGUCAAGGAUUUAAUGCAAAAUAAAUAUUAUCUAUUUAUUUCUAUAUCUAUCUAUCAUUAUAAAUGUAUGGAUGUAUAUACAUAUGUGUUUCAAGUAUAGUUAAACUAAAAUCUCUACACUAUUAAGAGCAUAAACUCCAUAGAUUUAAAGGCAAGAAAAGAUGUGCCGAAGAUGAUAGACGAUGUUUUUCUCUCAUGGGUAAAUAAAUGAUCUGUUAGCAUGAAAUUAGCCUGUUGCUCUGGUGAUAAUCACGUCAAUCUGGGUGGACACACAAUUUCUUCUGUAACAAUUAUGUCUGUGACCCAUCAAGCCACUCGUUAAGUGAGGAACGAGUCUGUCUGUCUAUAGUUUUAGGCAAAUAUAUAAACUGCAACUUGGAGGCUCCCAAAGUCAUGAGCAACCAGGAAAUAUCAGGGAAUUAUAAAAUGGAGUUUCCAGUCGUUGAAAUGUAAAAGCCAUGGAAAUUUCUGCAGCGAGUGUCCAGUUGUAGUUAUGUCCUGCUUGAUCAGUUUUUCCACACAGUUUCAGUGAAAGGAAACAUCUACUUCCUGUUUCUUGUCAUUCCAUUAUUCUGGCUCUGAGAGUAUGGAGAUAAAUCCACAUCUGUUGUGAUAUUGAGAGUUUAUAUAAGAUGAUCUUUUGUUCUUUCAAACCUUUAUGCAUUUGAAUAUUGUUCAUCUUUCUGGUACAUAAUGCAAAUCUGUGUGGUUGUGUUUUGUGUAACAGAUACGCUCGUAUCAGCACAUGAAUCAUGUUUAAUAGUGAAUAAUGUCCAUAAACACAAUCUUUCAUUCGUUUUAAGAUUUCUAAACAGAUUUAUAACAGGCUUCAGCAUCACGUGAGCAAGCAUUAUAAAUCAUUUUUGCUUAAUUUUGUCUAUUUCUUCAGAGAAUAUUACCUUCGGGCACAGAUUGUUAGAUAAUAACAUAUGCAACACACACCUAAUACACCAAACCUUUCAAACUGGCACUGCAUCUUUGUUUACAACAUAGAUAUAUAUAUAUAUAUAUAUAUAUAUAUAUAAAAAAUAAUAAUUCAAACAUUCAUCCUCCAGGGGUCACUUUUUUGUCUUUUUGCAGACAUUAGCUACUUUUACUGUUUUCUGCAGCAUAUACUGUAGUAUGCAUAUUGUGUGCCUUUAUGCAUGCACCUGAAUGUAAUAUGUAGCUACUUACUGUAUAAUGCCUGUUAUUUUAUUAAAUACAGUAUGAAAUAGUCUAUGCAACAAUCUGUAUACUAUGUAGACAUAUAAAGGCCCAACAAUAUUUAGACACACGCAAGUCACACUUAAAAAUGUCUGAAAUUCAUCGUAGAAGAAAAUAUCAACAGAAUUAAUUUAAUUAAAAAUUAAAUUCUCAGAACUAACUUCACUUUAUUCGCAGUGAAUUACCGUAUUGACCCGAAUAUAAGACGACCCCCCUUCCCCCAAUCAUCUUCAGAUUUUUCAAAGCCUAUUAAAUGUUAAAAAAUAAUAUCAUAACAUUUCAAUUAUACUGUAAUAUUAAAUGGCUAUAAUUAAUGUCUAAAAUUAAAGGAAAAAAUGUAUUUAAUAGAGACGACAGUAAUAUUAUUUGAAUCAAUGAUACUUCUUCAUUAAUAGUAGGUUAGUAAAAAGAUGCCAUUAACACAUUUAAAAUAUACCAUCUUUAUGUUGUUUCUAUAUUAAUUUGGAAGUUCAGUGUGAAAAUAUGACAACAAAUAUAUUAAUAUGCGUUUAGUCACAUUUAUUUUUUAUUAAUUACAGAAAAAAUGUGUGAUUUUUUUAAUUGAAUGGCAGACAGCACUAAUGUUAAUCUUUUAUAGAUGUUACUGUUGGUAAUAUUAGUUAAUUUUACUGCUGAAUAUGCAUUUAAAUGUAAUUUCCAAUUUUAUAGGCCCCCAGAAAAACAUCGGGACGCCCCCCACCCCCUUGGCCCCCUUCAAAUGUUCAAUUCGAUAAUCCGGCCCUCAAAUGAAGUUCAUUGAAUAGCCCUGGUCUAGACCCUGAAUAUAAGACGACCACGCUUUUUCAGAUGUAUUUUUUCAGAUGUAACCAACACUGGUUUCUUGUACUCCUUUCAAAAAAUAAAUAAGAUAUCUGCCUUUAA